AGGGUCUCCCUCCCUGUGUACUUAAUAAUCAGUGAGACAGUUGUCAUGAGAAUGCCUCAGGAAAAUAUGCUGACCUGGAUAAAGAAGGCUUCUAUCUUUAACUGUGUUGAGAGUUUGACUGGGGGUUGUCGGAUUUUUCUAGGAUAGCUCAUCAUAGUUAAGAGCUCCUUGUGACCAGGGAGUGACUUGUGAACCCUGCCACUGACAUUCCUACUUUCUCUCACUCUUCCCAAAGACCAAAAAGAGAUGUCAGAUGGCAUGAAUAAAUCAAUCCAGCCAGAUUUCCAUCGCUUCCUCAGGACACUUUAUUGACCUGAUUAAGGAGUUCCAUCAGCACUGCAGUAAACAGUUUAUAGGUGUCCAGGAGUCCAGAAUUGAAUUUAAAAUGGAUAGUAACAUACAGGUUUUGGGGACUAGUGCCAGUCCAACGUAUUUUCAGAUACUCGCUUUGCUUCUGUGUCUCAAUUUUACAUUUUCAACAUAUAUCUGAAAAAGUCUCAGGAAUCUGUUCUCUGCAAGUUAAUCAUCCCAGAAGAGUGACAUCCCAGAACUGUGCACUGAAUCAAAUGUUUCUUCUAUGUGAGCCAAUAAAAGAAUAAAAAAGCCUGCUCAUCACCUGUAAGGAUAUGGCUAUUAUAUGGGAAUCUGAAGAGCUGUUAUAUAGCACAUCAUGAUCCAAAUGGGAAAAAAAACUAAAUGUUGUGAUGUCCCAGAAGGCCUUACAAUAGAGUAAACAAAAGGAGAAUAUUUAUGUUAACUUUUCAUUUGUGCUUGCAUAGUGGACUCCCAUGUAUUUACUGUGGACAAAUCCAAGGCAAAUAUGCAGCUAAUUGUUUGAAACAUUCCAAAGUCAUCCAUAGAGACUAACAGAUGUGGCAAAAAGAUUACUUUGUACUUAAUCUCGCUGAACUAUUGGCCAUCCGUCUGGUUGAAAGAGCAGCUGUUAAUUGUGAAUUUACAUUUUGGAUAAUCAUUAGAUAAAGACAGUCUCUCUAGAAAGAAUCAUGCUUGCUAAUGACACAUGCAAUAGGACAGAUGGUGACAAUACAGAUUUUAGGUACUUUAUUUAUGCAGUAACAUACACUGUCAUUCUUGUGCCAGGUCUCAUAGGGAACAUAUUAGCCUUGUGGGUAUUUUAUGGUUACAUGAAAGAAACCAAACGGGCUGUCAUAUUUAUGAUUAACUUAGCCAUUGCUGAUCUAUUACAAGUUCUUUCUUUGCCACUGAGGAUCUUUUACUACUUGAACCAUGACUGGCCAUUUGGGCCUGGCCUCUGCAUGUUCUGUUUCUAUCUGAAGUAUGUUAAUAUGUAUGCCAGUAUCUACUUCUUGGUCUGCAUCAGUGUGCGACGAUUUUGGUUUCUCAUGUACCCCUUUCGCUUCAAUGACUGCAAACAGAAAUAUGACUUGUACAUCAGCGUUGCUGGAUGGUUGAUUAUCUGUCUUGCCUGUCUACUCUUUCCUCUUCUCAGAACCAACGUGGAUACACCAGGCAACAGAACCAAAUGCUUUGUGGAUCUCCCUACUAGGAAUGUCAAUCUGGCUCAGUCUGUUGCCAUGAUGACUGUUGGUGAAUUAAUUGGGUUUGUUACUCCUCUCCUGAUUGUCCUGUACUGUACCUGGAAGACAGUUUUAUCACUUCAAGAUAAAUAUCCUGUUACUCAAGACGUUGGAGAGAAAAAGAAAGCCUUGAAGAUGAUUCUAACCUGUGCAGGGGUAUUCCUAAUUUGCUUUGCUCCUUAUCACUUCAGUUUUCCUUUAGAUUUCCUGGUCAAGUCCAAUGAAAUUAAAAGCUGCCUAGCUAGGAGAGUGAUUCUAAUAUUUCAUUCUGUAGCUCUGUGUCUUGCUAGUCUGAAUUCCUGCCUUGACCCAGUCAUAUACUAUUUUACCACUAAUGAGUUCCGAAGACGUCUUUCAAGACAAGAUUUGAAUGAUAGCAUCCAUCUCCAUACAAAAUCAUUUGUAAGUAACCAUACCACUUCCAACAUGGCAACUGAAUUAUGCUAGAUUUUAAAAAAAAAGCUGAAUGUGGCUUGGAAUGCAAGUACAUCAGAAUACAUUUGCAAUAUCCAAAACAAGAGGGAAAUAUUCACAGGAAGCAUUCACAUCUUUUCAGUUAUCUUCUGUCUUACCUGUUUGGGAAUACACAUCCUUGUAACACAAUCUGUUGGGAGCAUUAUGUUUCACCAUCAUUGAUGUUACCAUGUCCACAUAGUAAUUUAUCAUCAAUCUUCAAAAAUAUUAAAACCUAUAAUAUUUCAAUGAAUUUCUGUACACAACAAGAGUUAAAAGCCUUAUCUCUGAACUGAAGUCACGAAGAGACAACUAGCUUGGAGUCAGCAUAAGUCCUUAGCUAGUAUGGACAGUGCACAUCUCUUUUCAGAGGAAGUAUAGUUGUCUGUUUAUAGUAGUGAUCACAGUUUACAUUCCAACAACAUAUUUUGGUUGUAUUUCAAGUAGGAUAGACAACAUAGUAUUCUGUGUAAACAAAAUGUUAUAAACAUAGGAUCACAUUUAUCUCCCAUAUGUGAUUAUACUCAGCAGUUUGAAGAUAAAAAUAACUGUUUUCUUCACUCAGUGUCAAUGUGAAACAUCAUUUGUCCCAUAUAUUUGUUUAUUGAAACUCUGGUUUGCUUAAAUUAAUAAUAUCCUUCUGUGACUAUAUAAAAUGCUAGACUGAAUUUACCCAGGGCAAGUAGUUAUCCUGAAUCUACUCAAGAUGACACCAAUGACCUUUAGGCUGAGGAGAAAGCAGAUUUAUCACAGUCAUAGUUCUGCCUUUCUUCAAGUAUUUCUGAAGAACACUUCUGGAGAUGUAUGGGCCUGCCAAGACCAGAGAUUUUUCAUUAUGUUUCUAUAAUGACACUGAGGUAGCUCUAACAAGUUACUGCACUUACUGAGCCUAUGGAAGAAAUAGUGCACUAAUUUAUCAUGAAGUGUAAGCCAGAGUGAAAAGAUAAAGCAAAGUCAAGUAUACCAGUUAAAAUUUAUCACCACAUUGUAUUUAUUACUGCAGUUAGGUUGUUCUUGUCAUGCCAUUUUUACCAGACAGGACGGGUUUGGGUGAACUCAACUAUGUGAGCCUUGAAGCUUAUCUUGAUUUUUUUCUAGUCCAAGUUUCCCUAGUCCUACCUCCUAACAAGUGGAGAGGAUAGUUCUUUUACCUUUUGAGAAAAGUUCAAAAGAACAUUUUGGCAGCUGUGAGUAUCCUUUAAAAUACCUUACUUGCUACCCAUUUGAUAUUGUUCUGCAAGACAAACUUGGGGUUUAAGUAGUAAUUAAAUCCAAGGUUUUAAAAUAGUAGGAUACUCCAAAACAUGUUUCAGCAAAAAGCUCCAAAUUCACAAACAAGCUCUGUUUAAAAUCUGUGGCUAUAUAAUGAAGACACAUUCCAGUUUUCAUCCAGAAGGCAAUAGGAACCAAACGGGGUUUUUAUAUAUUUAGAGGAAGGAGUAGUUUAGGAACACAGUAUACUAAUAUACUUGAGGGGAAAAAAACUUGUGAAGUCAAAGUAAAUUCUAAUGCCUAAGAAUAAUGGAAGGUUUUCUCUAGACAGGCAUUGAUUUGCUUAAAUAACACCAUGCUAGGAAAAUAGCUGUGCUGCUAGCAAUAGUGUAUCAAUGUAUAUCAUAAUUAUUCACUGUAAAAUACAUGUUUUGAUGUAUGAAAUGAAUUCUAAAGGAGUGUUGCAUUUUAUUCUUAAAAAGGAUAGCUAGAACUGUGUCUUGUCUGUUUUAAACUGAUUGGUGUUUGGCGCUGAUUUAGUGUCGUAAUUGGAUUUCAAGUGAUUUGUAGAGUUAUGAAACAACUGUGAGUACUUGUAUUGAGACAAUCAUGUCUGUACUCUGUACUGUUUCCCACAUUAGUAUUAGGCACACUUUGGGGGUCAUUUUGGGAGACCAUUGAUUUAAUUGUAUUAAGAUAUUAAUUUCUUUGUAAACAUUAUUAUUAAGGGGAGAUAAAAUAUUUUGAGAAGUCAUUGACCCUCUAUACAGGAGUAAUUGAGGGUAGAAUCCAUUUAUUAGACAGCACGUAUAUAUCAUUUAGAGAGAAGAUACACAUGUUCAGUGAUUUUAUGCUGCUUAACUAAUGGGCACCCCUUCUACCUAAGCCUGCCCAUCUAGAUUUGCAGUCAGUGAUCUGAUUUAUAUUAUUAAUCCCAUCUCAUCACUAUGUUUUGCCUUCUAUCCUAUUAUCUUGUCCUAUGUAGGAAACUGAUCAACUCAUUAACACUAAGGUGCUAAUGACUGUUAGUUUAAUAAUAAUCCAUAUAUACCUAUAUAAAUUUAAAUAUAUAUGAAUAGCAGACUUUGGGACUAGGCAUUAACACAAAGUAGUGACUUUCAGUGAGGUUACAGACACUGAAGCAGAUGGUUGGAAGGGAAAUUAUUUUGUCCUUUGUGACCAAUUUCAUACAAUUUUGGUGGACCCUUUGUACUUAGAAACCAAUUGCUUACCAUUUUCAAGGUGUCAAAUUCUAAGAUAUAUGUUUAGAAAACAUUAUUUUCCAAAUAUUGCUUUUAUUUAAUAUUGGCUCUUUCCUUUCUAUAUCAGCAUCUCAUUUCCAGGGGGAAAAUCUAAACUAUGAGAGAAUUAGAGUUGCAGCUACUAUCAAGAUAGUUGCCUCCUUUUUGAAAUUUCCUUUUCCCUGGAAAAUCUUGUCUUUAAACUUUUCAUUUAUCACUUUCUGAGUUCUAUGUAAUUGAACUAUAAAGAAAAAUACAUUAAAUUAUGAUUCCAUAUCAUUAAAGAUAAAAAUACCAUAUUUCCUUUUUACAAUUGAUUAAAUUUUGAUUUAAAAAUGUGUAACUAUUCCAACAUAAACUGAAUAUGGAGUAACAUAUAUUCAUAUAAUCUUGAUUGCUAUUACUAUAUUGAAAUUGUUUAUAUGUAUUGUCACUCACUUAACCAGAAAUUUCUAUUAACUGGUAAUUUUUCCAGUCCUGGGGCUUGAACUCAGGGCCUAGGUGCUGUUCCUGUGUCUCUUUGUGCACAAGGCUACUACU